AUGGGGGUGACGAGACAAAAACACGCUAAGAAGAUCAUGGGCUUCUACAAGCACAACUUCCAGUUCCGCGAGCCCUUCCAGGUGCUGCUGGACGGCACCUUCUGCCAGGCCGCGCUUCGCAACAAGAUCCAGAUCCGGGAGCAGCUGCCCGGGUACCUGGACGGCGCCGCGCAGCUCUGCACCACGCGAUGUGUUAUAAAAGAACUUGAAUCACUGGGAAAAGCACUGUAUGGAGCAAAAUUAAUUGCCCAGAGAUUUCAAGUUCGAAACUGUUCUCACCAUAAGAAUCCUGUGAGUGGUUCAACCUGUUUACUCUCCAUGAUUGAAGGUGGCAACCCUCAUCACUUCUUUAUUGCUACACAGGACCAGGACUUAUCAAACAAAGUGAAAAGGCAGCCUGGCAUUCCUCUCCUCUUUAUUAUUCAGAACACUAUGGUGCUAGACAAACCUUCUCCUAAAUCCUUGGCAUUUGUUCAAAAGUUGCAAACAAAUCAGCUUGUUCCAGAGUACCAAAAACAAAGUAUUGUGGAGCUUAAAGAAAAAGAAGGACUAGUAAAGCAAGAAGGUGAAAAGAGAAGAAAACGCAAAAGGGCAGGCGGCCCCAAUCCUCUCAGCUGUCUGAAGAAGAAAAAGAAGAAAACCCAGGAGGGGCAGGAGCCUUCUGCUGAAAAGAAGAAAAGAAGAAAAAGAAAACGAAGUAGAGUUAAAGCAGAAACCAUGCAGUCAGUGCAGAAGAAUGAAGGAGAAUAAACCUAUCUUUGUAGACAACACAGAACUUGGACAUUGUUUGAACUUUUUUUAAAAAAAGAUAGAUUAAUAUGCAGUCAUAUGAAAUUGAGUUGUUAAUAUUAAAAUUUAUUUUUAUGAGGUGGUACUGCUUAUUACUGUAUCACAGUAUUUGCAGGUUAUUGUCCUAAUAAUUUAUUCUGCUAUUUAGUAUUGGGUUUGUGAUGAAAUAUUUAGGAAACCUCAUAUUUCAUUAUUCUC